UCUGUAGAUGAAAUCAGUGGAGGAUCAGUUUGUUGAGGAAGAAGCGGGUUUUCAUGAUGAUGAAGACUCAUUUUUCCAAGAUAUUGACAUGCUACAGAAACAUGGCAUUAAUGCAGCCGAUAUAAAAAAGCUGAAAUUAGUAGGAAUAUGCACUGUAAAAGGUGUCCAGAUGACUACAAAAAAAGCCAUGUGUAAUAUAAAAGGUCUUUCUGAAGCUAAAGUGGACAAGAUCAAAGAGGCUGCCAAUAAAUUAGUAGAGCCAGGUUUUCUUACUGCCUUUGAAUACAGUGCAAAAAGGAAAAUGGUGUUUCACAUUUCUACAGGAAGCCAAGAGUUUGACAAAUUAUUAGGAGGAGGUAUAGAAAGUAUGGCAAUAACAGAGUCAUUUGGAGAAUUCAGAACUGGGAAAACACAGCUGUCUCAUACUCUUUGUGUAACUGCACAGCUCCCUGGACCAAGUGGAUACUCGGGAGGAAAAGUAAUUUUUAUUGACACAGAAAACACCUUUCGUCCAGAUCGUCUGAGAGAUAUAGCUGACCGAUUUGGUGUGGAUCAUGAUUCAGUGCUGGACAAUGUGUUAUAUGCUCGGGCAUACACCAGUGAACACCAGAUGGAGCUGUUAGACUACGUGGCUGCUAAAUUCCAUGAAGAAGCUGGUAUUUUUAAACUAUUGAUCAUUGACUCUAUCAUGGCUCUCUUCCGGGUGGAUUUCAGUGGUCGAGGAGAACUGGCAGAGCGGCAACAAAAACUUGCGCAAAUGCUGUCCAGGCUUCAAAAGAUCUCAGAAGAAUAUAAUGUUGCUGUAUUUAUUACAAACCAAAUGACUGCUGACCCAGGGGCAACCAUGACCUUCCAAGCAGAUCCUAAAAAGCCAAUUGGGGGUCAUAUUCUUGCUCAUGCAUCCACCACAAGAAUCAGUUUAAGGAAAGGAAGAGGAGAGCUUCGUAUUGCCAAGAUCUAUGAUAGCCCAGAAAUGCCAGAAAAUGAAGCUACUUUUGCUAUCACCGCUGGUGGUGUCAGCGACGCAAAAGAGUGAUCUACGAAAGUUUUAGCACAUUUACUGUUAUGCUUCUUGAUAGACGUGGACGAUGGAUUUCCUUGCGUUUGGACUAGAAAAAUAUGGAACUAUUUCAAGUGGAAUGAGGUUAAUGACCGUUUGGGCCAUUUCACAUUUUAAAACAGAAAAUAACAAAAACAUAGUAGCUUUAUGACCAGUUGGCUUAUGAUAUCUGAUUUUCUGCUAAGAAUCUAGGAAAAUCUUAAAGCUCUUCUAUUGUAAGACCCCACGGCCCCUAU